CAAGACAUGUAUAGAUUUUUUUUCUUUCAAAACUCCUCUAUUUAUAGCUUAUGUUUUGUAUUCUCAUUUAUCACUUACCAUUCAAACCUACCCAACACUAUGACAACUCUCUUUCUCACAAUCCUUCUAGCCACUGUCAUCUUCCUCUUCCUCCUCCGUGUAUUCUCUCUCCGGCGCAACCGCAGCCACAACAUCCGUCUUCCACCGGGCCCAAACCCAUGGCCCAUCAUCGGAAACCUCCCUCACAUGGGCCCUAAGCCUCAUCGAACCCUUGCCGCCAUGGUAUCUACUUACGGCCCUAUCCUCCACCUCCGAUUAGGUUUCGUCGACGUCGUGGUCGCUGCCUCUAAAUCUGUGGCCGAGCAGUUCCUGAAAAUCCACGACGCCAAUUUCGCUAGCCGACCACCAAACUCAGGAGCCAAACACAUGGCAUAUAACUAUCAAGAUCUUGUCUUUGCACCUUACGGACAACGAUGGAGACUGUUGAGGAAGAUUAGUUCUGUUCAUCUAUUUUCAGCUAAAGCUCUAGAAGAUUUCAAACAUGUUCGACAGGAAGAGGUUGGAACGCUCACGCGGGAACUAGCGCGUGUAGGCACGAAACCAGUGAAUUUAGGUCAGUUGGUUAACAUGUGUGUAGUCAACGCGCUAGGACGAGAGAUGAUCGGCCGGCGACUGUUCGGCGCCGACGCCGAUCAUAAAGCUGACGAGUUUCGAUCGAUGGUGACGGAAAUGAUGGCUCUCGCCGGAGUAUUUAACAUCGGAGAUUUCGUGCCGUCACUGGAUUGGUUAGAUUUACAAGGUGUCGCUGGUAAAAUGAAACGGCUUCACAAAAGAUUCGACGCUUUUCUAUCGUCGAUUUUGGAAGAGCACGAAAUGAACGGUCAAGAUCAAAAGCAUACAGAUAUGCUUAGCACUUUAAUCUCGCUUAAAGGAACUGAUCUUGACGGUGACGGAGGAAGUUUAACGGAUACUGAGAUUAAAGCCUUGUUAUUGAACAUGUUCACAGCUGGAACUGACACGUCAGCAAGUACGGUGGACUGGGCUAUAGCUGAGCUAAUCCGUCACCCGGAUAUAAUGAAUAAAGCCCGAGAAGAACUUGAUUCUGUUGUGGGCCGUGACAGGCCUGUUAACGAAUCAGACAUCUCUCAGCUUCCUUACCUUCAGGCGGUUAUCAAAGAGAAUUUCAGGCUUCAUCCACCAACACCACUCUCGUUACCACACAUCGCAUCAGAGAGCUGUGAGAUCAACGGCUACCAUAUCCCUAAAGGAUCGACGCUAUUGACGAACAUAUGGGCCAUAGCCCGUGACCCGGAUCAAUGGUCGGACCCGUUAACGUUCAAACCCGAUAGAUUUUUACCCGGUGGUGAAAAAUCCGGCGUUGAUGUGAAAGGAAGCGAUUUCGAGCUUAUACCGUUCGGAGCUGGGAGGAGAAUCUGUGCUGGUUUAAGUUUAGGGUUACGUACGAUUCAGUUUCUGACGGCGACGUUGGUUCAAGGAUUUGAUUGGGAAUUAGCCGGAGGUAUUACGCCGGAGAAGCUGAAUAUGGAGGAGAGUUAUGGGCUUACUUUGCAAAGAGCGGUUCCUUUGAUGGUGCAUCCUAAGCCAAGGUUGGCUCCGAAUGUUUAUGGAAUCGGGUCGGGUUAAAAUCUAAUGUUGCUUCUAGGCCAAGGCAUAGGGCUUGCACGAAAGUAAAACAGCGUAAUUUGAUCCGGAAUUAGCUUAAUGUAAGAACGUGUAGUAACGCCAAAUCAAGUAAUUAUUAAAUAUUGUUGUGAGUUGUUUGUAACCUAUAAUGUUUGUCUCUUGGAAGUAAUUAUUUAUCUUGAAGAGGAAGAUUUCAGAAAUCUUGAAUAUGUUUUA